UGAGUUCGGCUCACUCAAGAGAUAAAAAGACCGCGUUAAUCGACGUGGUCAUCAGUUGAUUGCCGGCUCGUCUCUCUACUUUGCCAUUUUCUCCUAGUUGGCUCUCACGAUAUUUCGCCCCCCUGCAAUGCAUCUCUCUUAUUGGGCUAUAGCCCUCUUUUGCUUCCUUAGUGGUUUGCACUCCCAGCCACUCAACGAAUUGGCAGACUUUGUUGCUAAUGCUUAUCCUAACAAAAUCGUCAAUGGAGUUCCAGCUGCGUCCGGAGAAUAUCCUUACAUGUCCGUCUUGUUCUUGAACGGCUAUUUAUGUGGAGGAACUUUAAUUGGACCUUCCCAAGUCUUGACUGCAGCUCAUUGUUUAUACGAUCACACUCAAGCAGAAGUCAGCCAAUUCACUGUUGUGUUAAAUACGCUUGCGAUUGACGGAAGCACUACAGGAGCUGUCGAAAGAGGAGUAAAGAAGUUUAUCAUCCACGAAAACUACAAUCCAAAUACCAUGGAUAACGACGUGGGCAUGCUGAUCUUAAGUGCGGCAGUUACAAAUCUACCGUUCGUUACUCUUCCAACAGGUGCAUCUACAAAUGCAACUACCCUUAUGCCCACAACAACCAAAACCACGACAAAACCGACAACUAGAACCACAACAACGAGAACCACAACAACAAGAACCACAACCAAACCAACAACUAGAACCACAACAACAAGAACCACAACCAAACCAACAACUAGAACCACAACCACAAGAACCACAACCAUACCAACAACUAGAACCACAACAAGACCAACAACAAGAACCACAACAACAAAAACCACUACAACUAAAUCAACUACAACUAAACCAACUACUACAGCAAAACCAACAUCAGCCCAAUCAACUACAAUUCAACCGAUCACAACUCAGACAUCAUGCUCGUGCACAUGCCCAGAAGAGCCGCCGACAACACCAGCAAGUCCAUCAACGGUAAAUCCAUUGUGCGAUGCAUUCAGCGCAGACUCUGUGUCUGAUUUAGUACCCCUGAGCGAUUUGUUCAAUGAUAAAGCUGAUCGAACUUUCAGUACUUAUGCAAAUAGCCCAGCCGUGAUUACUGGAUGGGGAACGACUUCUUCAGGAGGAAGCAUUUCAAAUGUAUUGCUGAAAGCUGACGUCGUGGUAAAAGACAACACCGUCUGCACCAGUCAAUAUGGUACUGCUUUCAUAGGCGCUGAUAUGAUGUGUGCCUCAGCACCGGGCACAGACACUUGCCAGGGUGACAGUGGCGGUCCGCUUUUCGUGAACGGUGUUCAAGUCGGUAUUACUAGCUGGGGUUACGGCUGUGCUGAUCCUAAUUAUGCUGGUAUUUACGCGAGAGUCACCACCUACCUUGGAUGGAUUGCGACUACGAUGGCCAACAAUCCAUAAAAAGGAUGAAAUAGUGGUACGUAGUCGACGUCAGCCGUCAUCCGAGAACCGCACCAAAAUCAGACUGCAAAUUAUCUUUUUUUUUGUUAAAUUGGCCACAUCAAAUGUGACCCAACUAAUUUUACCAUCAAGUUAUACCGUAAUGCAUGUAUUUUAUGGUUUUUAUGUGUUGAGUGUCUUUACAUCAUGCAUAGGAUGGGGCAUAAUAAAAUUCUUUAUUGAGCAAGUAA